AUGCCCGGAGGAAACGCAGUGCUCUGGAAGCUGGCCAAGACGACCAGCCACUACGACAACUCCGUGUCGGCCAACAACCAGUGGAACUGGGCCACGAUACUGCAGACGGCGCUGAUGUUCUUUGGCCUCGUCGCCCAGAUGCCGCCGUACGUGUCCGUCUUGGGCUUGUGCAUGCCCAUGCGGCCCGGCUCGUACGCGCAGGCCCCGGCGAAGCGCGAUUUCCGGAGCCUGAGGGUGUGCCUCGUGACCAAGGGCACGAAUUUUGACACCGUCGUCAGGGCCACCAGGGCCUGGGUGCCGCUUCAGAACAUGCCGGGCGUGCGCUUCCACGUCGUCCUGGACGACGAGAGCAGGGAGGUCGAGUUCCGACAGGCGCUGCCCUCGUUCGUCCAGAUCGUCGUCGUGCCGUCCGCCUUCGCGCCCAGCAAGGCAAAGUACAAGGCGCGCGCGCUGGAGUUCUACCGGCGGAACCAGCAGCUGACCGCCAGCGACUGGGUCCUGCACCUGGACGAGGAGUCCAUGAUCGACGCCGACGUCAUGGACGCGUGCGUCGACUUCAUCACGAGGACCGACCUGGACGUCGCCAUGGGAACCCUGCAUUACAACGACGUCAACCACUGGAAGAACGGCUUCCUGACAACGGCCGAGACGCUUCGCAGCCAGGAGGACUUUGGCAAGUUCUCCUUCUCGGUGCGGACGCGCAACAAGCCCAUGCUCGGGUGGAUGCACGGGUCCUGGAUCGUGGUCAACGGGGCCGUGGAAAACGCCGUGACGUGGGACACCGACUGCCAGGCGGAGGAUUUCUGGUUUGCGUACAACUCUUCGGCCAAGGGAUACAGGUUCGGCUGGAUAUGGAACACGGUCCACGAGCAGCCGAGCGAGACGUUCCGGGACUUCUGGAAGCAGCGCAGGCGGUGGUACACGGGCAUCCUGUCCAUCCCCAGCGUCCUCGUCCAGGUCUCGCUCGUCGUGGGCGUCAUCGGGGAGUUUGUAUACUGGGUCGGUCCCGUCUACACGCACCUCGGCGGCUCCUUCGUCAUCCCCAAGUGGCUUUACUUCUGGGGCCUCUGGCAUCUCGCCGUCGACACGCACAGCCUUCUCGUCGCAUCCUUCAUGCAGGACCUCACGGCGCCGGCGGGCGUGACGUGGCCGCAGACGGUGCAGCACGCCGUCGGCACGGUCGUGCUCGCGCCGUUUGUGCGUCUCGUCCAGGUCGCGGCGCUGAUCACCUGCAUUUUCAGUCCGGCGCAGGGGUUCGCCAUCGUGUCCAAGGUAUGA